AUGUCUUCUCCUCCACCAGGGCCUACGGGCAAUGAGAAACCCACCCGCAAAGACUCGGAGCACACAGAAGCCACUCAUUCCGAGCUCGAGCAUACCUCGAGCCGGGGUGCUUCGAAUGAUGACCACAACGUAGGCACCAAUCCUCACCUGGACGCCGAGGAGAAGAAGCGACUCGAGGCUUCUGCAAAGCUCGAGAACCCGCUGGCCGGGCUCAGCCCGUCGGAGCUCGCCCGCCGGGGCGAGGAGUUCUCGGCCAAGCAUGGUUUCACGGCAGAAGAGGAUGUCCGGGCCUUUCGACUCGGCGCCAUGCUCGCGGGCAACAUGAACAAAUAUGACACGAUUGACGGGCUCACGGAGCGCGAGAAAGACGUGCUCGAUCGCGAGAUUACGCACAAGUGGUCAAACCCAAAGAUGUUGUAUGCUGUCAUUGUUAUCUGUUCCCUUUGUGCCGCUGUUCAAGGCAUGGAUGAGACAGUCGUCAAUGGUGCUCAAAUCUUUUACAAGAAAGAGUUCAACAUUGACGAUGACAAGGAGUCGGUUCCUGCAGAUCUCGCUCAAAGGAACUCGUGGCUCGUGGGUCUUGUCAACGCUGCCCCAUAUAUCUGUUGCGCCUUUGUGGGCUGCUGGCUCACUGAGCCCAUGAACAAGAUCUGGGGUCGUCGAGGAACCGUCUUUGUAUCAUGUUUGAUCUCUGCCGCGGCAUGCUUCUGGCAGGCAUUUACAAAUACGUGGUGGCACAUGUUUAUCGCGAGAUUCUUCCUUGGCUUUGGCAUUGGUCCUAAAUCAGCCACUACGCCCAUCUUUGCUGCAGAGUGUUCGCCGCCCAAGCUGCGCGGUGCAUUGGUGAUGCAGUGGCAAAUGUGGACGGCCUUUGGUAUAAUGAUUGGUUACGUUGCCGAUCUAGCAUUUUAUUUUGUCCCAGACAUGUCUGGUAUCAUUGGGCUCAACUGGAGGCUGAUGAUGGGAAGCGCUGGCAUCCCCGCCGUCAUUGUCUGCGUCCUCAUCUGGUGGACGCCCGAGUCGCCGCGGUGGUAUCUUACCAAGAACCGACACGCCGAUGCCUACAAGUCCAUCUGCCAGCUGCGCUACGAAAAGGUUCAGGCCGCCCGCGAUCUCUUUUACAUGGAUACGCUGCUGCAAGUCGAGAGGGAGGCCAUGAAUAUUGGCAGAAACAAGUUUUUGGAGCUAUUCACGGUCCGUAGGAACCGCAACGCCAUGAUAGCUUCGGAAAUUGUCAUGUUUAUGCAACAAUUCUGCGGUGUCAACGCCAUUGCCUACUACUCGACCCAAAUCUUCAUUGACGCCAGCUUUCCCCAAACCUCUGCCCUUGCCGCCUCGCUCGGGUUCGGUAUCAUCAACUGGCUGUUCGCCCUGCCAGCCUUUUACACCAUAGAUACGUUUGGUCGGCGCAACUUGCUGCUCACCACGUUUCCGCUCAUGUCCAUAUUCCUGUUCUUUACGGGUUUCAGUUUCUGGAUCCCAGAGAAUAGCACCGCGCAUAUCGCCUGUAUAGCGUUAGGAAUCUAUCUCUUUGGCAUUGUCUAUUCACCCGGCGAAGGGCCUGUACCGUUUACAUACUCUGCUGAAGCAUAUCCGCUCUAUAUUCGCCCUCUGGGCAUGUCGCUGGCAACGGCCACAACAUGGUUCUUCAACUCGGUGCUAUCGCUCACCUGGCCGUCUCUUGUGCAGUCUUGGACGAGUCAGGGCGCCUUCAGCUGGUAUGCCGCCUGGAACAUUGUCGGCUGGGUUUUGGUUCUGCUGUUCCUGCCCGAGACCAAGGGCAAGACACUCGAAGAACUAGACGCCGUCUUCAAUGUGCCGCUUCGAAGCUUGAACAGUUAUGGUAUCAAGCAGUUCUUUUACUUUUGGGGCCACUACAUUCUCCGCCGCGAUAUUGAGCCGCCCAAGGUCCCCUCGGCCCGCGACACGGUCGAGUACACGGAGAGGCAGUUUACAAAGGAGAAGCAGCAUGAGCCCAGUGCGCGCGUGUGA